CUGAACUGUAAAAAAAAAAGGUACAUGUGACAAAAUAAUUAUAAGUAAAAUUCUUUCUUAAACAGCAGUAAUGUGAUAGUAGUCAUUGGCUGUAAAAGCGCCAUGUUGCUCCUCACUGACAGGAAAACAGAAUGGCGGGAAAAGGUGACUCUCGCGUUUCGGUUUGGCGCAGCGCGUGGCCUUGUGGGAAAUGUAGUCCUGGGAGGAAAAACGCCCGCCCUCUUUUUUUCCCCUCUGUGCGAAGCAGGUCGGAGCGCAACUCGGAGCUGAACACGAUUAUUACAUAAAUAACUCCAUAAACCUCUACCACCGGUUCCGUGUAGGGAGAAGUUCUCCACCAUGUCUGAUGAUGGAGGAGUUGGAGAAAAUAAACAUGAGUUUCCAGCACAUUAUAAAGUCAUGCUGGAUAAACUGAAUGAACAGAGACAGCUGGACCAGUUCACAGACAUCACACUGAUCGUAGAUGGUCAUCAGUUUCGAGCCCAUAAAGCUGUGCUGGCUGCCUGCAGUCAGUUCUUCCAUAAGUUCUUUCAGGACUUCACUCAGGAACCACUGGUUGAGAUUGAAGGCGUGAGUAACAGUGCGUUUUGUCACCUGAUGGAGUUCACCUACACGGCCAAGCUCGCUCUGAGAGGACAGGAGGACGUGAUGGACGUGUGGAGAGCAGCUGAGUAUCUGCAGAUGCAGGAGGCCAUUAAAGCUCUAAACAACAGGAUGAAGAGCGAGGACAGGAGCACGCUGGGGUCUGAGGCUCAGCCCCUCUCUGACCAACCCAAAGCCAAGAAGAGAAAAAUCGCAGAGACGUCGAAGGUGAUCACGGAAACCCUGCCCGAGGCAGAGGCGGAGGCGGUGGAGAUCGAGGUGGAUGUCGAGGACGAAGCCAUUGUUCAGGAGUGUGUGAUGGAGGAGGAGGUGACAGACGGAGGGAGGGAAACAGAUGACUCCGCCCUCGCGCUGCUCGCUGACAUUACCAGUAAAUACCAGCAGGGGGAGCAAAACGUGAAGCAGGGCCAGGAGGAGGUGGGGGAGUUGCAGGAGGAGGCUGUGAUGGCCACAAAAACGCUGGAGGGGAUCGAGGUGGUGGAGGUGCAGAUCUCUGAUAACAUGUUCCGCUGUGAUAAGUGUGAACGCUGCUUUAAACUCUUCUACCACCUGAAGCAGCACAUGAAGACACACACCACCUGCUCGGACAAACCCUACGUGUGUAAACACUGCGGGAAGACGUACGCUCGCGAGGGAGCGCUCAAACAGCACGUUAACACGUGUCACUACGACGCCGAGGAGCUGAGCAAGAAGCUGAAAAAGAAAGUGCACAUGUGUGUGUACUGUAGUAAAGAGUUCGAUCACUUCGGCCACUUCAAAGAACAUUUACGGAAACACACAGGUGAGAAACCCUUCAAAUGUCCAGAUUGUCACGAGCGCUUUGCCCGGAACAGCACACUGAAGUGCCACAUGUCGGCGUGUCAGAACGGAGCAGGAGCCAAAAAAGGGCGGAAAAAACUCUAUGAGUGUCAGGUGUGUGGUGAGGUGUUUAAUAGCUGGGAUCAGUUUAAAGAUCACCUGGCGAUCCACACAGGUGACAAACCAAAUCACUGUACGAUGUGUGAUCAGUGGUUCACUCACGCGCAGGAUCUCACUGCUCACCUGCAGCAGCAGCACGCUGUCCAGGAAGAGGAUGGAGCCAUGGUGGAGGAGAGAGUGGAGCUGGAGGAUGGCGUGAUGAUGGCAGAGCAGGUGGAGCUGCAGGACAGAGAGAUGAAAGAACAGGUGGAGCUGCAGGGCGCAGUGAUCGAGGGAAGAGUGGAGCUGCAGGGUGGAGUGAUGGUGGAGGAACGAGUGAUUAUGGAAGGACAGAUGGAGCUGCGAGACGAAGUAAUGGUGGAGGGACAAGUGGUACUGCAGGAUGGAGUGAUGGAGCAGCAAGUGAUUCUGCAGGACGGAGUGAUGGUGGAAGGACGAGUGGAGCUGCAGGAUGGAGUGAUGGUGGAAGGACAAGUGGAGCUGCAGGACGGAGUGAUGGUGGAAGGACAAGUGGAGCUGCAGGACGGAGUGAUGGAGCAGCCGGUGGUUUUGCAGGAUGGAGUGAUGAUAGAGGAGCGUUUAGAGCUGCAGGAUGGGGUGAUCGUGGAGAACCAGGUGGAGAACCAGGUGGAGACGGUGUUGAUAGAGGUGGAGGAGGAUGGAGUGAAGGAACAGACUCAGAGUGUGAACGUAUGAAAGUGGAUAAACGUGAGAGAGGAAACUGUGAAUGAAUGAUAUUUAUUUUUGUAAAGCAGAUCACAUGUCUCUCCUCACUGCUGCCAGCUUCCAGAACAUUCUCAGCUCGCUCCUCGUCCAGGGGGGCGUGUCCCAAACACCUUUACACCACUUACAUAUAAAAAGAGUGACAAUAAUCGAAACCUAGCUUCAACAGCAGGGGGCAGUGUUUACAACCGCAGCAUGUGACAUCACAUUAUUGUUAUUUUAAAACGGUUGGACUGUUUUUAGCUGCACAAUAAAACAAUUUCAGCUGGUCAUUAUUUAACGUUACAGCUUUAGCUGUUUAUCGCAUUAUUAAACCUGUGAGCCGUGUUGACUAGCCUGCUAGCUAACGCUACGCUAACUACUGUACUGUGUGAUUUGCCCCUGUACUUUACGCUAAGCUGUAAACAAGAGAGAAAGCUAGUGGUGAUGUCAUAAGUCUGUGAUUGAAUGUUAAAUAUAAGAAGCCCCGCCCCCUUGCUGACCCGGAGGCGUGUGUGUGUGUGUGUGUGUGUGUGUGUGUGUUCGGGGGGGGGGUGUUAUGGAGUAUAUCAGCUCCACCUGUGAUGAAGGUGAUGAUGGAGGAUUGGGACACGCCCCUGCAGCAGGUGGAGGAGUGUUUAUUUAUUUCUUGUCGCAUUUUCAUGUCACCUUUCACAAAGUAGCAACAAAACACUUUUAUUCUCUUUAUUAUUAUCAUUAUUACAGGUUCUCUUUUUUUGUAAAGGAUUUUUGCAAAUGCUUUUUUUUUAUGGAAGGUGCUCCCCACCUCUCUCUCUCUCUCCCCCCUCCCUCUCUCUCUCUCUCUCUCUCUCUUCCCCUCUCUCUAACCCUAACCCCCUCUGGGGUAAUGUGGCACUGUAGUGACUCUAAAGGGCUUCACCACAAUGUUGCACGUCUCCGAUAUGAUUUCAGAUUGUAAUGCGUUUGUACACAGCAAUAAAGUCUCAUCUAAACUCUG